AGAGAUAAGAACAAUCCGGUUGCACUGCCCUGUCAGUUUGGUAUACUACAGACAUGUUCUUCAGCAUCUCUCUCCUUGUACUUUCUGUCCUCCAUUUAUGUGGGGCAAUGGAGGGUGGUAUUAUUGGAGGAAGGGAAGCAAAACCACACUCCCGACCCUAUAUGGUGUCUGUUCAGAUUAACAAUAUGCACACGUGUGGUGGAGUGCUUAUCAAAAAAGAUUAUGUGCUGACUGCAGCCCACUGUGUAAAUGAAACUGAAUACCCUGGAAAGGUCAAGCUGGAAGUGGUACUGGGAGCUCACAACAUCAGUGAGAAGGAGCGCCAACAGCAGAGAAUCCAAGUGCAGAAAUUCAUCAAGCAUCCCUGUUACAAGAGGAAAGAAAAUCAAAACGAUAUCAUGCUACUGAAGCUUGAGUCCAAAGCCAAGCUGAAUGAAGUUGUAGAGAUCAUUCACCUUCCAAAGAAGAAUGAGAAACUUCCAGCCAAAACAGAAUGUUCAAUAGCUGGCUGGGGCAGAACAAGUCAGAACAGUGGGGCAUCAGAUGUCCUACGAGAGGUGAUGCUUAAAGUACAAGAUAACUCUCAGUGCAAGAAAAGCUGGCAACACAAUUUUGACAUAGACAACAUGAUCUGUACUGCCCCUGAUGGGAAAAAAGCUUUUUGUAAGGGUGAUUCAGGAAGUCCUCUUAUCUGUGGAAAUGAACCACAAGGAUUAGCUGCAUAUACCCACUAUGGCAACUGCUUAAACUAUCCAGAGGUAUAUAUGAAGAUCACCUACUUUCUUCCGUGGAUUAAAGAAAUAAUAGGCUCUCUGUCAGUUUGGUAUACUACAGACAUGUUCUUCAGCAUCUCUCUCCUUGUACUUUCUGUCCUCCAUUUGUGUGGGGCAAUGGAGAGUGGUAUUAUUGGAGGAAAGGAAGCAAAACCACACUCCCGACCCUAUAUGGUGUCUGUUCAGGUUAACAGUGAGCACAAGUGUGGUGGAAUGCUUAUCAAAGAAGAUUAUGUGCUGUCUGCAGCCCACUGUGUAAAUGAAACUGAAUACCCUGGAAAGGUCAAGCUGGAAGUGGUACUGGGAGCUCACAACAUCAAUAAGAAGGAGCGCCAACAGCAGAGAAUCCAAGUGCAGAAAUUCAUCAAGCAUCCCUGUUACAAGAGGAAAGAAAAUCAAAACGAUAUCAUGCUACUGAAGCUUGAGUCCAAAGCCAAGUUGAACAAGGAUGUACAGAUCAUCCAUCUUCCUAAGAAGAAUGAGAAACUUCCAGCCAAAACAGAAUGUUCAAUAGCUGGCUGGGGCAGAACAAGUCAGAACAGUGCCGCAUCAGAUGUCCUACGAGAGGUGACGCUUAAAGUACAAGAUAACUCUCAGUGCAAGAAACUUUGGCAACAAUAUUUUGACACGGACAGCAUGAUCUGCACUGCCCCUGAUGGGAAAGAUGCUUUUUGUCAGGGUGAUUCAGGAAGUCCUCUUAUCUGUGGAAAUAAACCACAAGGAUUAGCUGCAUAUACCUACCCUGAUGACUGCUUAAACCGCAAAUAUCCAGAGGUAUAUACGAAGAUCUCCUACUAUCUUCCAUGGAUUAAAGAAAUAAUAGGCUAAAGAGUGAAUGAACACAAUGCAUGUAACCACGA